GUCCAAUUCGAAGUACAGCGUACAUAACAUUUUAGGCACAAGGUCGCUUAACAGCACAGGCGGGUAUCUGUGUACUCAGACACGGAAAAUAAGUGUGAAAGUGAUGACUGUGUAACUCCAGAAACUUUGGUAGCUGGAAAAGUUUGUUAAAACGGAGAAGGUUAGCUAGGGUCGUGUGCUAAAAAACACAUAAAGCUAAGUUGUGUGCUGUUUAAAUGACAGGACUAUGUACUAGCACCACUGUUACAUUUAACUUUAUCAACUGAGCGUGGCUGUCAUGUCAGCCUCCCCAGCCAGCUCAUCCCCGCAGCGGGUUAAACCCAGUGGCUCCCCCACAGCCUCCUCUUCCUGUAGCAGCAACACCACCGCGGUCCGGUUGCAGCCUAUCCGCGCCACGGUGCCGUACCAGCUUUUGCGUGGAAAUCAGCACAGCCCAACCCGCUCUGCUUCCUGCUGCUUCUUAGUAGCCGGGAGCAACACAGGACCGACAACGUCCCGUUGCUCCAGUCCCGCCAACCCGGGUGGAAGCGGCUGUGACAGCAGGCUGGUCCCCAGGCAGAGCCUUUCUCCGCCGGACAGCAGGAGCUCACCAGAACGCUCCAAAGUUAGAAGGACAAAAUCUCAGCAGGUGCGGAGCUUGGGGGCCAUUUGGCGGUCUCCCUCCCAGGGCACCCUUACCGGACCCUACCUCACUGGGCAGUGGCCUCGUGACACCCAUGUGCAAUACCCAUCUUGUAUGAAAGAUAAAUCCACACAGACUCCUGGAUGUUGGAGGGAAACGAGAGAGAAGAGGAGCACCCACCAGCGCUCUGCGUCCUGGGGCAGCGCCGACCAGCUCAAAGAGAUUGCGAAGCUCCGGCAUCAGCUCCAUCGCAGUAAACAAGGGGGACGCCACAGUAAAGACAAGGAGCAACUGUCCCCCCUGCAGUGCAACACCAUCACCUACACCGCCCUCACCAGCACUACCAACCACACCUCUACAGCCAGCCACGUUCAGCAGUUUUCCAUGUCGAAGUCCGCCCAGAUGCCGCUGUCCAACAUCACAGUGCCAAAGCCUUCCAUCUCCAGGGUGCCCAGCAGCAUGGAGGGCAUCAACCACGAGCUGGAGAAGGUCUUCAUCAAAGACAACGGAGAGAAGGAGGAGCUCAAGUCCCUGGAGGUUCCCGAUGGGCGGCGGGCACCCUUCCCUCCCCAGCAGCGCAGCAGCAGCACCCGCAGCGUGGACACCCAGACCCCCUCAGCCCCGGGCCGGUCCAGCAGCUGCUCCAGUCUGUCGCCCUGCCCCUCCCCGGCCUGCCCGCCAGGAUCACACGACGGCAGUCCUUACUCCACAGAGGAUCUACUGUACGACCGGGAUAAAGACAGUGGAAGCAGCUCGCCGCUGCCUAAGUUUGCCUCUUCGCCCAAACCCAACAACAGCUACAUGUUCAAGCGAGAGCCGCCAGAGGGCUGUGAGAAGAUUAAAGCUUUCGAGGAGAUGAGCUCAAGGCAGUCCACGACGGCGUCGGUCCCCCUCUUCUCCUGCCCCGACAAAAACAAAGUCAACUUCAUCCCGACGGGCUCGGCCUUCUGCCCCGUCAAACUCCCCGCCUCCCUGCACCUCAUCCCGGCCUCGGAGCCAGAGGAGGACGAGGACAACGCGGAGGCGGCCUCCAGCUCGGAUACCCAAGGGGCCACAUCGCUCUACGGGCCUCCUCAGGUCUCGGCGAGCACCAGCACAGACGACCCCCCGGAGCAGCCCGGCUGGCCCUCAGAGACUGCAGAGCCCCAGACAGACAGCCCGGCCAUCAGCUAGACCUGAGCAGAGCUGGCCUCUGACUCCGGGAGCCACACAUGCGACCG